AUGUUAGAUGCAAUUUCUGCAAAAGCUAGCUCUGUUAAUCCUGAAUCUAUGCGUAUUGUGAGUAGAAAAUUGAAUAUGGUUGGAGAUUCUGGGUUUCCUGUGGCUGAUAAACCUCAAAGCUCUUGGGCUAGCAAGGUUAGGGGUAGUUUACUUGCUACCAAAGGGAAGGCAUUAAGCUAUGUUGCUCCUGUUUGUAUUGGUGAUAAAGUCAUUGCUCAACUACAGCAGCCAGAAAUAGACAAAUGUAAUGCACAAUGGGCCAAUGCAGUAGUCAUGUUUGUGUUGGGUGAAACACCAACAAUUGCAUCUGUACUCAGGUUUAUUGCUAAGGAAUGGAGUCAAGUCGCAACCCCCAAAGUUUUCCUUCAUGAUGAAGGUUACUUUGUGAUUAGGUUUUGCUCUUUGGAAGAUAGAAACUCUAUUCUAUAUGCUGGCCCCGAGUACUUUUAUGGGAAACCAGCCAUCAUCAAGCAAUGGUCCUCACACUUUAGCUUUCAGGAGGAAGUUCUGAAGGUUAUUCCCUUAUGGGUGAGGUUCCCAAAUCUACCUCUGAACUGUUGGGGGGAGGAUUCUUUGAGCAGGAUUGGUAGUGUUAUUGGGGUUCCCUUGUUUGCAGAUGAAUGUACAACACAGCAGUUGAGAAUAUCCUUUGCUAGGAUUUUGGUUGAAGUGGAUGUGACUAACCCUCUGCCUAGCUCCAUCACUAUUGCUGACCCAUCUGGCCAGGAAUUUGAACAAGUUGUUACUUAUGAUUGGAAACCAGAUUACUACAAGAAAUGUUGCCUGGUGGGACACAAUUGUGAGACUUGUGCUAAGAAAGUCAACAAUGUUAGACCCCCUGAGAAGAAGAUAGUGAAGAAGUGGGUUCCUAAAAACGUCCAGCAAGCAUCACACCAAGCUAUGAAUCAACAACAACAACAACAACAACUUCAACAGACCACUCCUGUUGGCACCUCUAUUGUUGAUCACUCUGAUGAUGAUGCAAGGUGGAAAAUUGAUGCUAGAAGAACUAAGCACAGGGAACUACAACAAGUGAGGACAACAACCCCAAUUUAA